AUGGUCGUAGGCAUCUUGCUUGGCAACUUCGUGCCACAGACAGGCCCAGCGUUACAGAAGGGCCAGUUCGUUGGCGUAUCUGUGCCUAUUGCUAUCGGUCUUCUUAUCAUGAUGUAUCCCAUUCUUUGCAAAGUCCGCUUCGAGUCCUUGUAUGAGCUCUUGUCGCAUAAAGGAAUGUGGAAGCAGAUCAUUUUUAGUAUAUUCAUGAAUUGGGUCAUUGCCCCAUUCCUUAUGGUGCUCGUCUGGACAGGUUUGGCGGGCGGCGAUGGCGAGUAUUGCGCGAUUCUUGUCGCCAUCAACUCCAUCCUGCAGAUGGUGCUAUUCGCCCCUCUUGCCGUCUUUUUUAUCCGUGUUAUCGGUCACGAAGACCAGGCUCUACAUAUCUCAUACACUGUCGUGGCGACCAGCGUGGGAGUGUUUCUGGGUAUUCCGUUGGCUGCUGCAGUACUGACCCGAUCCAUAUUUCGCGCCAUGGCGGGUCCGGAAUGGGCCAUCAAGUCGUACACCAGAUCGUUUCAGUUGUCCGAGUGGCAGCUCCAUUGGUGGUUUACUUCGUAG